ACAAUUACUAAGUUAUUAUUAAGUUAUGUAGAUGUGGCUCGUCUUACCUAGACCAUGUGCUAUUUAGUUCCAGCUGAAAACAUAGAAUGUUAAAGUAACUGUCCAGUGAAAAUCUCACAUUCUGUUGGCUCAUACCCAAAUAAUGUUGUUGACUCAUGCUAUACUCAUGUUUGUGGCCAAAGCAUACAUUGGAGAAAAAACACUUCAAAAACCACACCUCAAACUUGUAUCUCAAACAGAACAAUUAAAAAAUGCCUUCUAUUUCCUCAUAGAGGAUGAUGCCAUCAGAGAUGCUGUAUAUAAUGACGAGAUGGUCUUGUCUCCACCCUAACAAUGGGAGUCAUUGUCCUAAAGAUUUAGAGUCGGAUGAUUUUCAAAAGGAGACUAGAAAAUGCUUCCAAAAAAUGAUACAAAUCAAGAACAACCGAUUCCUGGUUGUAGAUGAAGACGUUCUCAAGUUUAAAGAGCUGAAUAAGGAGCAAUGCAAAGCAGAUGAUUGCCGGUUCAGUAUCCAACAAUAUAAAAACAAUGACAUUGCCAAGGCCAGUGGAAUUGCUGUUAUUCUCUCUGUGACAUCACCUUGUAAGCAAACUUACAUGGUGUGCUGCAAGAAUGGGGACCAAGAAGGAGUUUCUGCUAAACCACUGGAGCAACCUUUGCCUGACCAAAUUGGCUGCACAAAACAUGAGGCUGUGUUCUUCAUGGAAGUCAUUCCUGGUACAUCUCAGUACAGAUUUCAGUCAUCGCUGUGGACUAGUUCAUACUUGAGCUUUGAGGCUGGACCAGAUGCAGAGCUCAUAAAGUUAGUUCUCAGGGAGGUGCCUAAGGAUGUUGUGGAUGAGAACUCUAAAAUGCGCUUACUGGCAUGUUGAGUUUAUGGUUCUUUUGUUAAGCCACUGUAAAUACUCAGUGUUUAUAGAAUAGAAAGUUAUUGGUCCAGUUUAUAAAAUUGUUUUUUUUAUGCUUAAAUACCCAUUAUAGAGUAGUAUACACUUACGUUCGAUUGCUUAGUCAUUCUGAACAGUUACUAGAAGCUGUUUCUACCUGUGUGUAGUCUACCGUCCUCUGUAUACGCUCUGUAUUAAACUGAUUUAAUACAUAAUCAAA